CACAAUGAAGAGUUCACGGCGGAGCCAUAUGCAUCAGCCCCUGGUGUCGACGUUGGCUACGGUAUAGCCAUUACCGUCAACAUCCUCGUCAUUAUCUCCGCCAUCAUGCUCGCUUGUUACGUCUGCGUUAAAGUCAAAGGCUCAACCGGUAGAGGCCACACAUGUGAUGCCACUUCUAACUACUAUGAAGACCGCAACCACCGCUUCUCCACUAUAAGCAACUCAACGGAGCCUGUGGUGGUCCUCAUGGGCCUCGACGACCCUAUCAUUGACUCGUACCUAAAGUUGGUACUCGACGAAAGCCAGCGGCUCCCUCAGCGCAACGACGCCGUGUGCUCCAUUUGCUUGUCCGAUUACAAGCCUAAGGAUCAAGUACGGUGCAUUCCGGACUGCCACCAUUGUUUCCAUGCAGAAUGCGUCGAUGAGUGGCUUCGCAUGAGCACCACGUGCCUGGUUUGUAGAAAUUCUCCGGCUCCGUCGGCUGGUCCAAGCCCUCUGUCCGAUUUGGUGCCAUUGGCCUUCAAUGCCAGGGUAUUCAUCUUCAAAUCACCGUGUGAUCUGGAUUCAAAUUUUCUCAUGUACGCAGUAGGCGUAGUGCGCACCAACAACCUGCAAUUGUCGACCACCAACUUCUGAAAAAGAUAAAACUUUCAUAAUGAAGGGGAAUGCAUGUUCCCACCAUGCUCCCUUUCUGAAAAAUCCACGAGAAAAGCAAUGAAGGAGAUAAGAUCAUUUUCUUUAUUAUUUUAUUACUUUAUCAUUAUUUUGAUAAGAUCAUUUUGCUUUACAUCUGUAUGUAAAUUCUUUAACAGGAGACCACAUCAUGCAUUUGCUUUACAACGUUUAUAUCUGCAUUUGCUUUACAGCUUUUGCUUUACAAUUAGCAAUAUGUUAUCUACUUUUAUGAUAUGUGUAUAUAUAGUGCAUCCCCAUUGUCAUUACAUUAAAGUUACACGACUACUGUUGUGUGCACUGUACGAGAGGAAACAUCAUUAUGUUUUUUUAAUAUCAUUAUCUAUUUAAUAUUUUAUUGUUAUUAUAUAUGAUAUUUGUUACAAGUGUCGGCCACUUUCGUUUAAAAUAAACAUAACUUUAAUCAUUUCCGAAUACUUUAUUCAUCAUUUAAAUGUUAGGAUGAAACUUUAAUCAUACGUGAGUAUAAUAUGUACCCAUUAUCCCACUGUUUGGAAAAAACACACGAGGAAGAUAAGAGCAUCUUUAUAUUCCUUUACAGCCCAUUAGUUAAAUUAUUAUAUGUGACCAUCAUUCAUGUCUGACAGCCCACUACACCAUUCACAUUAUAUAAUUAUUUUAUCACCUCAUCUGACAAAAUUGGAUAUCAACAACUUGAAUGAAAAUAAUAUAUAUAUAUAUAUA